CGUCUGUUCCCGAAGCCGAUCGCGGAUGUGAUAAACAUAUCGGAAAACAUAUUCCACGACCAGAUCCUGCACUACGCGAUCGCCACGCGGGACACGGCGUGGAUAUCGGCCGUCUAUCCCGAGUAUAACCUAUUCACACAACAGAUACUGGUGGCGAUGGCCCACAUAAUGCCGGCGCUCACCGCCAACGAGUGGCUUAAGUUGUUUAAGUUUCUUCAGCUCUAUUACUAUAACUACGAGAUCGUGUGUCUGUUCCGGAAGGCGAUCCGCUCUACGCCUGACGACACCGACAGAGACUUUUUGACCAAAUGUUUUGUAAACAUUAUCAAAACUGAGCUCAUAAUUCCGUCGAGGGAUGAUGUGCUGAUCCGACCGCUCACUCAAGAGGACUUCCAGUACUACGAAUGCGAUUGGGCCAUAAUGUUCAAGACGUUGGCCAGUUUGGAGCACUUCCUACUGCCCGCUGAUAUGAGGGCUCAGUUGUGCGAACUGAUGACCGAAUUGGCCGAACGUAUGCAAGGGCUGUACGUCUGUCCCUAUGAUUACUAUAAGAAGGAGGGAGUGAUGCCACGCGUCGUCAAAGAAGUGACCAAAAAGGUAUUUGGAUCUGAUAUUGACGUCCAAUACCCCAAACAGAAAGUCCAGUCCAUUGGGUUAACGCCGGCCGGCGCUAAACGCUAAUUGUCGUC